AUGCUUUGUGGCGAGGCCGACUCGAUCGACAUUGGAGAUUUCUUGGAAGAAGACAUCAAGGGUCCUGCUAGUUUCUCGUCUGUUUCGACCGAAGGCGGCAGCGCAUCAGAUGGCAGCAAAUUCCAGGAGCCCGCUAUGAACGACCUCAUUUCCAACGUCUUUGGAGACGACAGCAUCACUCUCAAGUGCCAUUCUGGAGAGUGUCUGUAUGUCACCGAUGUCCCUGGCUACGAAAGACCUGUCAAGAAGAUCAACACACCACUCAUUGCCGGCGUCAUUGCUGGUUGUGCUCUGUUCGUCGUUGCUGUCAUCCUGAUCGUCUGGUUCCUCUCGCGCAGAAAGACAAAGUACGGCCCCAUCCACCUCUCCGACGACGAGGACGAUUUGAAUGCCGCCCUUCUCGCCGACCACAAACCCGCCAGUCUCUAUUUCGAAAAUGUCUCGUAUGCUCUGAAGGGUAAGCAGAUCCUCACAGACAUUCAAGGUGCUGUUCAUCCUGGUCAGCUCAUGGCUAUCAUGGGUGCCUCUGGCGCUGGCAAAACCACUUUCCUGGAUAUUCUGGCAAGAAAGAACAAGCGUGGUACUGUUAUCGGCAACUUCUUGAUCAACGGAGAGAAAAUCCCCGACAACGAGUUCAGAAGCGUUAUUGGCUUUGUGGAUCAGGACGAUACCAUGCUGCCUACCUUGACUGUUCACGAGACCAUUCUUGACAGCGCCAUGCUUCGUCUGCCGAAGGAGAUGAGCUACGCCUCCAAACUGCAAAAGGUCGAAGAUGUUGAAAGGCAGCUCGGCAUCUACCACAUCCGCGAUCAGCUCAUCGGCUCAGAAGAAGGCAAUGGACGUGGUAUCUCGGGCGGUGAGAAGCGCAGAGUCGGUAUUGCCUGUGAGCUCGUCACCAGCCCAAGCAUUCUCUUCCUCGACGAGCCUACGAGUGGUCUGGAUGCCUUCAACGCCUUCAAUGUCGUCGAAUGUCUUGUUCACCUCGUCAAGACCUACAACAGAACCGUCGUCUUCACCAUCCAUCAACCCCGUUCCAACAUUGUUGCACUUUUCGAUCAGCUAGUCCUUCUUGCUAAAGGCAGAACCGUCUACUCUGGCCCCUUCGGCAACUGCCAGGCCUACUUUGACAACAUCGGCUACUCUUGUCCUCCUGGCUUCAACAUUGCAGACUACCUUGUUGACUUGACAAUGCACGCUAGCACCGCCCAUCCCCAGAUUCCCGAAGACAGCUCUAUCUUCCGCCAACCCAUUGGACGCAGUACUCGUGCAAGCAGCGCGAUCGCUGUCAAGUCUGUCCCAAGUGUAUCCAACUUCAGCAUCGAGCAAGGAGGUUCCAUCACAUCCGAUUCUCCUCUUAGACCCAAGAACAGCCGUACUGCUUCAAUCAAGCAGCAGCAAGACAGAGCACUCUUCACGAGGAAGCAAUCAUCACGAGAGCCGCCUGCAACUGCAAGCACUAUCCGCUCUGAUGCUUCCUCUCUGGAGAACAGCUUCGAGAACACACAGCAAUGGCUCAAGAUGAGAGGAGUACAACAAGCACACGAUGAUCCUAACGGUCUUCCUCCCAACGCUGAAGGAGUUACAACCACAGAUCUUGAUAACCUCGUCCAAGCUUUCGCCGAGUCUGAUGUUGCUGCUUCUCUUCGUGACGAUAUCCAUAGUGCUCUCUCCGAGGCCGCUCAGUCGAAUGGUCAAGCUAAUGGUGCGGCUAACGGCGGCUCUGCUCAACCUACAGUCAAAGGUUACCGCAAGACUGGCAUUCUAGGCCAGUUCGUCAUCCUGUCCAAGCGUACUUGGCGCAACCUCUACAGAAAUCCUCUGUUGAUGCUGACCCACUAUGCCAUUGCAAUUCUGCUCGCUGUCUUCCUCGGGUUCCUCUUCUACGGUUUGACCGAUGACCUCAAGGGUUUCCAAAACCGUCUUGGCUUCUUCUUCUUCCUGCUUGCUCUCUUCGCUUUCAGCACUCUCACCUCUUUGACCGUCUUUGCUCCAGAACGUCUAUUGUUCGUCAGAGAGCGUGCCAAGGGAUACUACUCUCCUCUGGCUUACUACGCGUCCAAGGUUGUCUUUGAUAUCGUUCCUCUCAGACUUAUCCCUCCUGUGAUCAUGGCCGUCAUCGUAUAUCCCAUGACCGGUCUUCUACCUACGGCUGCUGAAUUCUGGAAGUUCAUGUUGUUCGUUGUUCUCUUCAAUCUUGCCGCGGCCACGGUGUGCUUGUGCAUUGGCAUUGUCAUCAAGAACCAGGGUGUCGCAAACCUGGUCGGUGUCCUUGUCAUGUUGUUCAGCUUGCUCUUCGGUGGCUUUUUGCUCAAUCACGAGACCAUCCCCAGAGGUCUUCGUUGGUUGCAAUCCGUAAGUUCCCGCUUGCCUUUCGAGUCUCGUGACCCUGCUGACCAUUUCACANNGAUUUCAAUCUUCCAUUAUGGCUUCGAAGGUCUUAUUGUUAACGAAGUGCGUUACCUCUCACUCAUCGACCACAAGUAUGGUCUGGACAUUGAGGUACCUGGCUCGGCCAUUCUCAGCUCUUUCGGCUUCAAUGUCCUGGCGCUUUGGAAUGAUGCCGUUGGUCUUGCAGUCUUCUGCGGUGUAUUCUUGGUGUUGGGAUACGUGGCAAUGCAUUUCUUGCUCGUAGAGAGAAGAUAG